UCUUCUCUUUUCCAAGGGUUCUCGGCUCCUUCUUGGAGUGAUCUAUCGAACAGAAUUUAGCUUUGACGAGUUCGCUUGAAUUUGAAAUCAGUGGGAGAAGAUCGAAGGAGACAGAGAGCAAGUUCCAAAGAGGAAAAGCUUUGAUCCUCUGUUCACUGUAAACACCAGAUGAGCUUGUUAUAUGUUGGUCAACCUGAGUUUUUGAGUUGUAAGGCACUCAAAAAUAUGGAUCUCCUUCAUUACUAAGAAUUGAAGUAAGGAACAAAGAUGCAGGCUAAGAUCAGUUAUUUUUUCAAGCCUUCCACAACUAAAAUCUUAGACCCACCCCAGCUUUUUGUUCAAAUUGAAGAUGGACUGGAACUCAAGGCCCCAGAAAUUCUGAUUACAUACAAGCGUCGAGCUCCGAGGGCAGACCCUUAUAGCAACAAUGGCUUUUGCAGUCAGCAGACCGAGGAAACACCAAUGGAUUUGAAUUCAAUUAUUUCCACUGUAGAACCAGCUUGCACUUCAGGUCGAAUCCUGAACAAGAAGAGAACUUAUGCUCAGUUCCAUUUGGAGCUGGGCCAAUCUGAUUUCCUUCUCCAUAUGUGCUCUAUCUGUGGUCUAAAAUAUGCUCGUGGGGAAGAAGGGGAUGAGAAGGUUCACAAGGCAUUUCACAAGAACUUCACUCAGGGAAUCCAGUUCAAGGGUUGGCGUAAUGAAAGAGUUGUUCCAAUGCCUUCAAGCGAUGGGGCCCGUGUCAUUUUGGUAUUAGAUGGUGACCCACCUGCACAAUGGAACAAGAUUCAGGAGGUUGUAAAGAUGAUUGAGAAGGAACUAGGAUUGGAAGAUGGAUGGCUUAUUCAUCACUUCUGCAAGGUGUAUUUAUUUAUUUCCUCUCAGAGGAUUGCUGGCUGCCUAGUUGCUGAACCGAUAAAAAAUGCCUACAGAGGUCUCUCACGUUCAGUGGCUCCAAAAAGCUCUAGUGUCAUUUGUGCAAAGGAAGCUAGAUCAAAUUCAACUGUGCUUCACUUUGGAGACGUCAAUUUUAAGAGGGAAGUCAUUAAAACAGUCCCCUCAAUUAAUAGUGCUGAGCUGCUGGAUAGGGAAAUUGGUGGAGCAAUCUUCUGUGACAAGGAAGCUGUGCCUGCUCUCUGUGGCAUCAGGGCCAUAUGGGUCACACCCUCUAACAGAAGAAAACGCAUUGCCACCCGGUUACUAGAUGCUGCAAGGAAGAGUUUCUGCAUGGGUUUAGUCCUAGAAUCCUCUCAAUUAGCAUUCUCUCAGCCAACCUCUGCUGGUAAGGCAUUGGCAUCCAGUUACAGCGCCACACAGUCUUUCUUGGUUUACAAGGCUGCUACCUGGAACAGUUAAUUGUCAAAUGGCUGCCAUGCAUAGAUGAUGGUCAAUUUACCCAUUGUUGAACUGAUAAGUUCUUAGUUAUUCCAACAAGAAACACAAGGUAGAAUUAUCAAUUAUGUGAUAUGUCUUCCUAUUUCCAGAUUGUA